UUUCAGCAUUGAAGCUGCAUAACCGAAAUGCUGCUGUCAAUAGGUGUUAAUCCAUGCAAAGGUGAUGCUCCCAACAAUCUUCAAUGAUUUAAAGCGUCUACGGAUAGUACGAGAUGGAGGAUACAAGACGUAGAAUCCAAUUACUGCAAGAGCAGAGAGAGCUGCGGCGGGCGGCGGAAGUAUUACGAAGAAGAAGAACGUCGAAUUCAAGAGGAGUAUCAGUGUUGCGGCAAGAGAGUCCAUCGAUGCGCCCCCCGUAAUUGUUGACAACUCGAUUGUGAAUGUGUGAACAAUACGAUAUGUAGAAGACAGUCUCUGAUGAAAUUGCAAAUCAUUGUUUUCCUACGGAUAGACGUGAAUUUGGCUAAAGCUUAAAUCUACAAUUAAAAUUAUUAUUUGAACUCGUUGUUAACUAUUAGGAGACCGAUUGUAAGUAAAUCAUUAUAAAAAUCAAUUGCACUAUAUCUAACCAAUAAAUAUCCAUUCAGCUUUGAGCUUAUCACAUCGGGAACAAAGGUGUAUUCGCUACAAGGAACUCCGAAAAGUUCAACCCCGUAACAUUCUCAAAGAAUCGUUACCAAGAUGCAGAAAUCCUUCGUUCGGCAAACUCGGUCCAAGACCCGAGCAACGCAAGAGGCGGCUAGAACUGAUUUCCAGCCCUGUGUGAGUUCUGCGGAUAAUGCUGCCCCCGGGGUGGUAGAACAGACAUGUUUUGAGUCUUCGGUGAUCGACCUCGAGCACGGGAAUGACACAGAUUGUGUGAAGUGCAUGCGACCUAAUAACGCCGAGCUGUAUAUGGUCCAAUGCGGAACCUGUAAGUGCUGGUACCAUCUUACGUGCGCUAAUGUGGAUGAAGCUGUACUGCGAUCGAGUGAUUUCGUCUGUUCAAGGUGUUUACCGAAAAUUCCGGCACCACCUAGAAGUUCUACGACAGGACGGACAAGCGUUUCAAGUUCACGAAGAUCCCAGAUCGCCCGCGAAUUACAACAGCUCGAAGAUUAAAGGCUUCUUCGAGAAAAGCUGGAAGAAGAAAGACUGCUGCAAGAAAAGUUGCUAGUCGAGAAGGCAAUGAACGAGAAGCUAGAACGUGAAAAGGAAUACUUGGCACGGAAGCAUGAGCUGCUUCGCCAGCAGGAUGAAGAUGCGGCAAGCAUACAGAGCAGCAGAAGCGGUCGAAGCCAAGCAAGUAGUCGGCAGAAAGUGGAGGCCUGGUUCAACCAACAGCUGAUGUCCGUCGACUCGUCGGAUAAUGCUUCAAACCAGCGACAAAAACUCUCAGGCCAAACGGCAGGACCAGUAGGUUCGUCCACUCCUAUGGAAACCAGCAGAAUCAUCGAUGAAGGCCUUCUGCGAGCGCAUUCCGACACUAAACAGAAUGUUGGCUCGAUUCCUCGUACUACAGACAGUAUUUCGAUCGGAGAUAGCCCGGGUGUCGAAGACGAUGUAAAUCCACCGAACGCUGCGAAGCAGUCGAAGGUACAGAGCCUGCCGCUAGUAAACAUCCAACCCUACGUUAAAAUUCUGGACGAGGCUAACCCUAUGACCUCCGAGACCGCCCUGACGAAUACAGGCUAUCCACCGAGAAUCAUUCCAAAGCUGAUGGGAAACCCUUUACCGUACACGGCAUGGCAACGGGAAACGAGUGAGAUGCGGAAGCAGCAUUUACGUGAACACCAAUGCCCUGAAAGAGAGGCAGAGUUGCGGCAAAGUGAGCAACGGGAACAGGAAUUGAUCCACCUUUUGAAGCGAUCGGAGGAACAGCGUGAGCAGGACAGGCAACGUCUGCAAGAAAUCGAGGAAAUACUGAAGAAACAACAUGAUGUCGAAGCACAGCAUCAGAAGGAGAACUACGUUCGAAGGAGGCGAGAAUUGGAGUUGGUCAACCGACUGAAGCUUUUCGAGCAGGAGUAUGCCCAGGAGAAAGCGAAGCGGGACGAGGAAAAACAAAAAUAUCUUGCUAAAGAACAACAGUUAAUCGAACAGUUGGAGAAUCUGCGCCUUAGUUGCGAGCAAUAUCCAGCGGCGGAACAGCACCCAGCGGCCGAGCAGAAUUCAGUUGCGGAAAGGUGCUCAGCAGCUGAACAGCGCCCAGCGGCGGAUCAAAGCUCUGAUGCGGAACAUCACCCAGCGACGACCAAGCGUACACCGACGGAAAGUCUUGGGAACAUCUCAGGAAUAAUUCAGCGAGGCGUAGCAGUAAGUACUAACCCACCAACGGCUGCGGUAAGUUCUUCCCAUGUUGUACAAAAUAAAACAAUCCCAAGCUUUCACGAUAACGAUCUAAACAGAAGGACACCAAGUCCAAGUGUUGCUAGCCAGGAUAGGAGAGUAGGGACACCCUAUACACACUAUACACCUCCCGUAGUAGGGCCUCCAUUGAUAGAUUCGUUAGGGCAAUCUCAAAUGGCGCCAAAUGUGUCUCCGAAUUUGAAUCGAUUCGCGCCCUUCAAUUGUCAGCCGGUUCUGGGUCCGACUUCACAACAACUGGCCGCAAGACAAGUCAUUUCUAGAGAGCUUCCGGUAUUCAGUGGUGACCCCAUCGAAUGGCCACUUUUCAUUAGUAGCUACAAUCAUUCCACAGCGGCGUGUGGCUACACCGAGUCUGAAAAUCUGCUACGGUUGCAAAGAUCGUUGAAGGGAGUCGCCAAGGACGCUGUCAGCAGUUUUCUCCUGCAUCCGUCUACAGUGCAGCAAGUUCUAUCAACGCUUCAGACGCUGUACGGAAGACCGGAGCAGAUUGUGCACAACCUUGUCGUCAAAGUUCGAGCUACACCCGCCCCCAAACCUGAGAGGCUGGAAACGUUGAUGCAGUUUGGAUUAACCGUGCAAAACUUGUGUGGUCACUUACAAGCGGUGGGGAUGGACAAUCACCUUUCUAACCCAAUCCUCCUACAAGAGCUAGUGGAUAAGCUGCCGGCGAAUAUCAAGUUUAACUGGGCGCUUCAUCAAGAGAAUCUGUCGGUAGUUGAUUUGAAAGCGUUCAGUGAAUAUAUGAGGAAAGUUACAGCUGCUACAAGCGGUGUUACGAGCUUUUCCUUCGCAGCGAAACCAACGAAAGACGAGAGACCUAGGGCUAAAGAUAAGGCGUUCGUGAACGCUCACGCGGCCCACGAACAAAAGGAUCCAGGUACAGCUGUCAACUCAUACGGAGAGAGGCGAGGGCAGAAUAAAAGCGGCAAAUACCGAUCAGGCGAUGCAACAAAUAGCUGUCCUGCGUGCGGCGCUCACGACCACACAGCAGCAAGCUGUGGGGCUUUCAAAAAGCUUUCGAUAGACGGACGGUGGAACUUCGUCAAGGAUAACAAACUGUGCCGUCGCUGUCUCGUAUCCCACACGCGCUGGCCAUGCGAAGGCGAGGUUUGUGGUAUCAAUAACUGCGAGAAACGUCAUCAUCGUUUACUGCACUCGGAGCCCAAGAAUCAGCCUGUUACCGAUGCCACUGUUACCAUCCACCGUCAGCCCGUAUCGUCGACGCUGUUCAAGAUUCUUCCGGUGACUUUGUACGGGAAAAGUGGAUCAGUGAACACGUUCGCUUUCCUAGACGACGGAUCGUCUGUCACAAUCAUUGAACAGACCAUAGCAGACAAACUAGGAGUAGACAGGCGACCGCAUUCUUUGUGCAUCCAUUGGACCAGUGGCAUAAAUAAGAAAAUUGCAACCAAGGAGCUAGAGGCGAUAAGAAUUUCGGAACCCGGAAGCAAUAUGCGCUUCAACCUGUCCGAAGUGUAUACCGUCGAAAACCUGGGACUACCGGAACAAUCGUUGGACGCUGUAGAGUUGUCGAAGGAGUUUUCCCAUUUGCGGCAUCUACCAGUCAGGAGUUAUCGAGGGGCCGUUCCUAGACUGCUGAUUGGAUUAAGCAACUCACAUCUGCUGACGACAACCAAGCUUCGAGAAGGCCAAGAGCGGGAACCAAUCGCUGCGAAGACUCGCAUUGGUUGGGUUGUAUGUGGCUGCUUAGGAGGAAGAGAUACAAAUUUCCAGCACAGGCAAAUGCACAUAUGCGCCGAAAAGUCAGAUCAAGAAUUGCACGAUUACGUGCGUGAGUUUUUCUCAGUGGAGAGUCUCGGAGUUGCCGUAGCUCCAAACUUGGAGGGAAUUGAAGAUCAGCGAGCGCGCAGGAUUCUUGAGGAAACAACAGUUCGGACAGUAAGCGGGAAGUUCGAGACCGGGCUGCUUUGGAAAAAUGAUGUCAUAGAGUUCCCAGACAGUCGACCCAUGUCGGAGCGUCGAUUGAGAUGCCUUGAAAAGCGAUUGGAGAAGGACCCAAAGCUAUAUGACAGCGUACGGCAACAGAUAGCGGACUACAAGUUGAAAGGCUACAUCCACGUAGUGACAGAAGAAGAAAUGACCGAGUUCGACCCACGGCGUACGUGGUACCUUCCGCUGGGAGUUGUGUUGAAUCCAAACAAGCCAGGAAAAGUGAGAGUUAUUUGGGAUGCGGCUGCGAAAGUGGAAGGAGUGUCUUUGAAUUCGGUGCUCCUCAAAGGGCCUGAUCUGUUGACUCCGCAGCUGAACGUGACCUUCAAAUUUCGAGAACGCGAAGUGGCGUUUUCCGGCGACAUCCAAGAAAUGUUCUUGCAAGUCGGAAUCAGGAAGGAGGAUCGAAGUGCGCUUCUGUUUGUCUUUCGUAAUUCACCUAGUGAACCUUUCGUAACCAUGGCGUCUGACGUUGCCAUCUUCGGUGCAACAUGUUCUCCUGCACAGUCACAGUACGUGAAGAAUCGCAACGCAACUGAGAACGAACGAGACCAUCCAAGGGCAGCGGAAGCUAUCAAAAACAAGCAUUAUGUCGACGACUAUUUGGAUAGCGUUGACACCGAAGAAGAGGCCGUCGAACUAGCGUUAGAGGUAGCUGAAGUCCACCGGAAAGCAGGUUUCCAUAUUCGAAACUGGGUAUCGAAUCGACCCUCGGUUCUGGAAGCUAUAGGGGAAGUGAAUCCAACUACGGUUAAAAGCCUAUCGAUGAACAACCAGAGUGGCUUCGAGAGAGUACUUGGAAUUACGUGGCUUCCUGACGAAGAUUUAUUUUGCUUCACAGUCAGCCUUCAAAACGGACUGGAAAGUAAGAUCGCACCAACGAAACGGGCAAUGCUGAGCUACGUGAUGAAGAUCUACGAUCCGUUGGGGCUAGUCGGUUCACUAGUAGUUCAAGGAAAGAUACUACUGCAAGACGUCUGGAGAGCGAAGGUGGGUUGGGACGAAAAUAUACCCGAGAACCUAUUCGCACGUUGGAAGCUGUGGUUGCAGUCUUUAAAGGAGCUGGACAACGUCCGAAUCCCUCGGAGCUACUUUCCGGGAUACGAUCCUGCUUGUUAUGAAGCCCUUGAGCUGCACAUAUUCGUGGAUGGAAGUGAGCAAGCGUAUUCAUCGGUAGCGUACUUCCGCGUGCAGGAUCGAGGACAGACACGCUGUGCACUAGUUGCGUCCAAAACGAAGGUAGCUCCUCUACAGCUAACUUCCGUACCACGAUUGGAGUUGCAGGCUGCAGUGAUUGGCGCUCGUCUACGCAAGACUAUUCAGGAUGGUCAUUCGGUACAGAUAAAACGCACAUUUUUCUGGACCGACUCAAGUACCGUUGUUUCGUGGGUGAAAUCAGAUACUCGACGAUAUCGGCAGUACGUGGCGUUCAGAGUCAAUGAGAUCCUGAGCCUAUCGACGACGGAAGAGUGGCGUUGGUUAGGAACCAAAAUCAACGUUGCGGAUGAAGCCACCAAGUGGGGAAAGGGUCCGAACUGCAAGCCCGACAGCCGAUGGAUUCGUGGACCAGCGUUCCUGUACGACGACGAACAGGAUUGGCCAAAAGACAAGUUUCAAGUGACAGCGAAGGAUACCGAAGAAGAAUUGCGACCGAAAUACGUUUGCAGCCACUACUUAUCAUCUCCGAUCAUCGACGUGUCGCGAUUUUCGAAAUACGAGCGGUUAUUACGAUGCGUCGCGUAUGUUCACCGAUUCUGCGAGAAGCUUCUGCGAAGGAUCAGAAAAGUGACGAGUGAAAAAAAUGAGGACAUCAGCACCGAAGAUUUACAAAACAGACAACCGCUACCUAAAAGCAGUUCGUUAGCGAAUUUGCCACCUCUACUGGACGAGUACGGAUUGAUGCGUGUAGAUGGUAGAAUUGCAGCCGUGGAUUACGUGGAACACGAUACCAAAUUUCCGAUAAUUCUGCCCAAAGCGCAUUCGAUCACUAAUCUCCUACUGGACUGGUAUCACCGCAAGUUCCGGCAUGGGAACAACGAAACGAUAGUGAACGAAAUUCGCCAGCGGUUUUGCGUCCCCAAGCUCAGAACACAGAUUCGAUCUAUUAGUAAACGUUGCCAGUACUGCCGAGUGUACAAAUCUACACCUGUAGACCCAAAGAUGAGCCAAUUACCGCGAUGCCGUACAACACCAUUUCUCCGGCCCUUCACCUUUGUAGGAAUCGACUACUUUGGACCCUACCUUGUGAAAGUUGGACGCAGUGCAGUCAAGCGAGGAGCGCCACAAGAAGUCUAUACGGACAACGGCACAAACUUCAUAGGCGCUAGCAGGGAGUUGGAGAACGAGUUGCGAAAAAUCAACCACACUAUCGGCAGCACCUUUACGGACGCUAACACUAAAUGGCUCUUCAACCCUCCGGCAGCUCCACACAUGGGCGGAUGCUGGGAACGGAUGGUUCGCUCGGUAAAGACUGCACUCGGAACGUUGCCUGUAUCGCAGAAGAUGGACGAUGAGUCGUUCAUGACAUUACAGUGA